ACCUGUCACCGCGGAGUUUUGGCGCUUUCAGAGGUGCUGAAUUUUCACUUCCAUUGUCUUAGUUUUUUGUAAUACUUUGUCAAGUUUUCACCAACAACGACCUGGUCAUUUGUGUAAGAUGUUCACAGAAAACGGUCCUGCCAGUUAAAUAAACUGCAAUCUAAGCAAGUACAAUGAAGAGACAGGAAAACCAGGCGGCCAGGCCUACAUCAGGCUGCCUCUCUGUGCCGCUCUUUAACCAGAAGAAACGAAACAGGGUUCCUUUGACCGCUCUUCCCUCUGAGAAUGAAUUCUUUUCUCACAGCGAGUACACACCAAACACCGGCUCAGCCAUAUCUCACAACCCAGCAGGUGCCUUUGGGUGUUACCAGGCCUCAGGUUCCCCUUCUGGUGUCCCUCAAAGCCAACAGUGGAACAGACAAAGCAACUCACAGGCUGCUCCAGCCCAGCAGUAUGGCAGCAACAGACCUGCCCCUGGACCUGCCCCUUCAACUAGAGCCUAUGGACCCAUACCUCAUCCAUACAAAGCUAAAGAGAAAAGCUCAGUGAUGAGACAACCCAGCAACGCACUGGGACAGCAGGAUUCCAGCUCUGUCAUCAAUUUCAGACAGAGCAAAUAUCAAGGCCCUCGCGGCAGCGAGAGUGGACAAAGCCAGCCAGUGCCCCAUACAGGGUUAUCUCAGAUGGGUCAGAAGUCAUCUUAUGGAACAUCGAGUUCCCCGCAUCAGUAUUCCCAGCAGUCUAGAGCUCUUCCUCCUCCAGUUCCACCACCCAGGAGGCAGUCUGCUAAUGCUCCGGAGCCACAGAAGAACGCCUGGAAAUUUACAAACAGCUUUGAGCCACUGAGAUCCCCUUUUGAGGUUAAAACAAGCUCAAAUCCACAAAACACUGUACGACCAACUCCAACUCAGGCAGCAUUUCCAGUGAAACCAGCCACCGAGCACUCACUGAGGAUCCUGACUGCAGUUAUUGAUGGCAUGAGGCACUGGAGUCAGUUUAAAGACAAAGUGCCUUAUUUAUUUGAGAUAUUCGCUACUCUAGACUCUGCGGUCACAGUUGGUCGCUACGGAGCAAAGAACUUCCUCCUGAGAGAUGGGAAGGAGGUUGUGCAGUGUGUCUUUUAUGAAAAUGAGCAGGUACUGCCCCGCCUGAUCCGAGGCCAGGUCCAUCGGUGUGUGGGUAACUAUGACCGCAGCAAAGAUGUCCUGAUGUGUGUGUCUGUGAGGCCGGCUCUGCCUUCAGAGCUGAGAAAUGCUCAGGAAGCUGUCAAAGCCUGUGAUGCAGAAAUGCGUUUGCUGGUCAAAUCACUCAGUGAAGUCUGAGCAGAAAAGCAGCAGCUGCAGAGCAUACCAGUGUUCGGGUGUACACAGGAGCCAAGCUCAGUGUUGUGUUGUCUAAUUGGUUUUAGCUGGAAACCCAAGUAGUUUUAACACUUAAACUGUUGAUGUUUUUGACCUGUAGAGGGUGCUGUUUCCAUUCACUUGUAUUUUAUAACAGCUGAGCUCAUGCUUGUGUUCAUGUUGUUUUGCGUUUAUCCCUAAAUAAAAAUAAAUAAUUUAACCAAAACCUAA